CCGGAUAGUUGAAAAUAACGUAGUAAUAUUCUUCACAACAUUUUUUCAUGAAUCUGCCAAGAUGAACAUAGGUACAGCUACAAGUGAAGAGAACCCCACCCAUUCCUAUCUCAAUAGUAAAGGGAUCUGGUUCACUUACACGCUGGUCAUUUUACUUUUCCAUCUUAUGCUUCUCAGUGUGCCAUUUUUUUCUGUAGCAGUAGCAUGGACACUGACAAAUAUUGUACAUGAUGCGGGAAUGUUUUAUUGCUUGCAUGUCACAAAAGGCACCCCAUGGGGCACCCCAGAACAAGGACAGGCAAGAACACAGACUCAAUGGGAACAAAUUGAUUAUGGACGACAAUUCACGCCCACGAAAAAGUUUCUGACAAUAGUUCCUAUUGUGUUGUUUUUCCUGGCAAGUUUCUACACAAAGUAUGAUAAAGUACAUUUUAUAAUCAAUGCCAUUGCAUUAGCUUGGAGUGUUAUACCCAAAUUUCCACAGUUCCAUGGUGUCCGACUUUUUGGAUUCAACAAAUUUUGAUCAGGAUUUGAUCGAAAGUAAUAGUUAAGGGACAGAAAAAAGACAUAUUGAACCAUGUAGUGUUCAUAAUGCCAAGGGAGCAAAAUAGUGAAAUGUGGAAGAGAUAUUCACAGUGGAAAAAUUGAUGUCUUUGAGGCAGCCUUAGAAAUUCUAUGUAUAGUUUUGGGACGUAAACUAUAAAAAAUAAAAGCAAUUAUAUAUUACAUUAUUUUAAUAUUUGACAGUAAAAUGUUUUUGUUCAGAAACUUCCUUCCUGAAACUGUACUUGUUCCUUAUUAAGUACUUUACGUUAUUGGCGAAAAAUUCUUUAGUCUAGUUCUUAUAAAGCAUGUGAGGAGUUCAGAAGUCUUGCACAUACAAAACAUGGUAUAAAGGCCAUAGAAGAUGAGUAAAGAAAAAUGUCUGAUUUGUGAUGUGCAAAUAUCAUUUGAAUUUCUGAAUUCAUUUCUGCUUUAUAUUAAAAUAAUUUAUUUGAUCUGAUAUUUGGCAGUACAUUGUAGAAAUGGAAAGUUUUAUGAAAAACAAAUAAUCAAGUAACACUCAUGUAUGGCCCCAAUCCUAAAAUUGAGAACAUAUGCAUUUAUGACACAUUUUGACAAUGAAUAGUUAGUGUAGUAGACUUAGGUUCCCAGCAUUACUUUUCUAUUCGUAGCAAUAAUAUCAGAAACUUGCUAUUAUAGUCGAGAGUAAAUUUUACACAAUGGUCUUUCUCUGAUGUUUCUAUCUUUAUUAGUACAUGUAGGUCUCUGCCUAUGCAGAAAUUUAUGGAACUUUAUCAACAACUAUUAUCUGUUUUACAUAAGAAUUCAAUGUUUAAUAGAAAAGUUGAAAACAAUGUUAUUUAUAGAUAAUUUGAUCUCGUCCUUCGAGUUGGCACUGUACUAUGAACUACAGUUAAUACAUCAAUUCAUUAUACAUGUAAUGUAAAGUCGUUUAUUUCUGCAGGGGAUUUCAUUUUGUUGAUUUUAUCCAAAUCCAUCAAUUUAUAAUAAAUGUUUAAAUAAGUAUAGGUAUAUGUAUUGGGCUAUAUUUAUGAAAUCAAGUGUCUUCGGAAAAAAAUUUGUUGAGGAACCAUGAAAAUUGAACCCCACAAAAAUAUAUGAUUUUAUAGUCUACAAUUAUAUAUCGAAAUCCUUUUCCUUGGAAUCAGGAGUUGUGUAUUUCUAUUUAUUCAGCUGUUUCCUAAAAGGGUGAGGUUAAGAGAAUGUGUGUGUGGAUAUGAAUGUAAUUUCUACUAGAAAUUUAUACAACAUGGAUUCAAUUCCCUAGAAAGCUAUGAUCCCAUUACAAAAGUUUUCUUUUAUUAUUAGAAUGAGAAUUAUUGAAAUCUAUUUGAAAGACAACCUGAUUUUUCAACAAAGUAGGAAGCACUGACGUUACAAAAACACAAAACUAAUAAAGCCAGCAGGGCUGAAUUUGUUGGUGGGACAGGGUGAUCUCAACCCUGAGGAAACGGAUAAUAGUAAGCCUUGUGUUAACUAAUUUAAUUUUUCCCCAUGAGUUGACAUCCUCUUUGUAACAUUCAAGGGGUUGAACAAUUCUAUUACUCUCUUAAGAGGUAGGUGUAUGGGUAAUUCCAAUAAGUGUUAAACAUUUGUGUCUGCAUUCAUGUUCAGAAUUUCAAUAUCCUUGAUAGGUAGUGAUUGUCUCUUCUUCCUUACCUCUACAAUUUGCUUUAAAAAAUUACUAUGAAAUACAUUGACAAAUAAUGUAAAUUUCUGAACAAUAUUCAAAUUAAUUGAGAAUACAAGAAAUUAAUAUGUACUUGUAUACUUAAUAUGUGUUUACAAAUGUUUCAUUCCCAAAUUAGUUUACAUCAAUGUUCUACCAACCAAACUGAUACCAUUGUCUCAUGUUGUCUCCAGAUGGUCCUAUAUUGCAGACCUUCAGCUGAUAUCACAGUGAACAAAGAGGUUUCAUACAUAACACAUGAUAAUUGGAGAAAUGCAUGUGUCAUCUCUCCAUUAUCUCCCUUUGUCUUAUUGUGAAAACAUUUUCAACCUUAGUUUUUUAAAACGGCAUGAAUUCAAAUUGGUUUCAUUUGAAAAUUCUUUUGAUGCAUGUUAUUACAAUGUUUAUACCAUGUAUUUUUUUCAUUGCUUAUUCAGUUUUUCUCUCCAGUUUGUACAGGAGAUGUGUAUAAAUGUGUGUAUAUAAGAAUAUAUGAGGUGGGUAUACCGUUAAGUCAUUAAAAGAGGAUUACCUGAAAUCUGUGAUGUCUGUAUGCUCUUGACAGUUUUUAUGAAAAAUAAGUGUAUAUAUGUACAGCUUUUUUUUCUUUUUUUUUUCCAACUGGAAUACUGAUGCCAUGUUUUAUUAUGAAUCAUGUGUAGCUUGUGAUCUUGUUUUCAUCAUUUGAAUAUCUGGACGGGAAGGAAGUCUAGAUUUAGCAAAAUCACCCAUGGAGUUAUCAUAUUCUACCCAAAGAUACCAAAAACCACCUAAUUAUUCCUUUUCAUCAAGCAUGCUACUGCCUGUCACAGGCCACAUUAAACUGGUUAUCAUUUCAUGUGAUAUCAUCAGAGAACCAUACAAGAAGAUUUGGAAAACAUUCUCUACUUCUUAAAAACCCGCAAGCUCUGACAUGUAACCCAUUGUUGUAAGAAUGUUCAAAUUGUACAGCCCUGGUAUAUUCUAUUUAAACAAUACCUAUGUGUACAAAACAAACUGAUUCAGUAUCAAUGUCUUUUGCAAGUAUUAUUUGAUGAAUAGAUUGCAGCAGAUACGUUUAAUGGUACACAUGUUUUGUUUGAGCUUUUCUCAUACGAUGCACACUUAAGAUUUUUUCUGUCAAUAUUCUAGAUUUGUUUGCCUUUUACUUACCAUUACAGCCUGUUCGUGUAUUUUGUUUUACAUUACCUGGUACUUUGUAGAUAAGUUACACAUAUGUCUUCUGAAAUGUUCUUUUACUAGAAUAUUUGCAUAGAAAAUAGCACUGAUAAUAACCAAUUAUACAAAAAUACAUAUUUGUGAACUAGUUUUCAAGAGAAAUGGAAUAUGUAAUAGAUUUAACAAUAGAACUUUGAGUGUGUGUAUUUAGUUAUGUGUAACAUGACAGGCCUACAUGUGAUCAAUACAGUGCCUACCAAAACUUACACUUUUCACACCAGAGAUAUCCUAAGUAAAGCUAUAUUUAUUUUUCAAUUACGCAAAUUUCUUUUUAGGACUUUUUCUCCUGAAUCUCUUGGACUGCCAGCUGUUUGUGUGCAUCAGAUAUUUUCGAUUGUGAUAUUUUCGCAACAUCACCUUAGAAGUUAUCAGAACGAGAAACAUGCUUUUGAUAUGUCAUACUUUAAAUGAAUUCUUUUUUUUUAAAUUCUGUAUUUUUUAACAUCUUUUGAAAAUGAGUCCCCUCCUUAAAUUGAUCUGUAAUUUCAAGAAGCUGAGAAAACAGUUAUUUUAGUAAGUAGAACCAAUAAUGAUCACUGACAAAUCAACAUGUUUUUGGAUCAGUGGUACAAACAUUCUUGGUGUUAUCCAAAGCUUGGUGCAAAAUGGAUGCACUUUUCAAGACAGUCAUGAAAUGGACUGUUGUUUCCUUUAUAAAUUCUAUUUUCAAUGUAUUUCAUUUAUCAUAGUUUGGUUAAAUCAUUGAGAAUAGCGAGAAAUGAUAAAUACCCCAUCGAUAAUAAAAAUGGUCUCUGUAUGUUUUGAGGUUAUUUAAUAACCAAAAAAGCAAAAUUAUGUUGCAAGCUACUGUUGGAGGACAUUGAAAAAAUAAAGAUUUUACUGGUAUAAUCAUCAAAUAUUAUUUGUAUACCCCAUAACAUGUUUGUUAUUUCAUAUUGUGAUACAUGUGGUCAGACCAAAGAGCUUGUUCUCAAUACAGUGAUUAGCAAUGAAUGUUCACGUUGGUGUGCCUACAGAUCAGAUAUUAUCAAAUUUAAGAAGAUGAAACAUUAUUAAGGAUUAUAUGACCAAAACAACCUUUCUUCUUAUUUCACUUUUGAAAAUUCAAUGCAACUUACUAGUCCAUUUUGAUUGUUAAAUGUUUUAAUUGUUUGUCAUAUGAUGAGCUAAUGAUGGGCAAGCUAAGGUUGAUCUCUGACUGUAACAAGUAUGUGUUAGGUAGAUAUCAGUGCAGUCCAAGGAACAUGGUUUUUAUCUUGUUUUUACUGUAGGGACUGGUGUUAUUUUCAUUUUUUCUUCUUUUGUUUUUUUGUAAUUUGUGCAGAUUUCAAAGAAGUCUUUUGUUUUCACUCCUUUUGUAGAAACUGUGAAUGAAUAAGACCACUGAGUGUAUCUAUUUUGGCAGUCAAACUUUUCAGUAUAAAAUUUUGUAACAAUUACAAGAAGUGUAUUUCCUCUUAGUAUCUCCUUGAUUGAAUCAUAAUUCUGUUCUGAAACUAUUUGAAAAGCUUUUCAUGUGUUAUUGAAAAAAAAAGAUUGUUACAAAAGAUUUGAGAUGUCUCUACAAGCUCUUGUUAUUGAGUCUUGUUGAUCCUAAUGGCAACAUGCAUUACAAAAACCUGAAUACCAGAUAUUUUUAAGGAAAAUUAAGUGGACGCUGGUAUUCCUGUGAUAUUGGGUAACUUUUUUAGCCUGAGAGCACUGCUUUGUAAUAUUGUCAGUGUUUGCUGACCUGAAUUCCUCACAAUUUUAGUCUAGAAAUUUGCAGGUAUUGAAACAAAUUUCAAUCAGAUGAUCAUAUGUACCAUAAAGAGAAAAUCUUUCAUGCAAAUUAAAAUGAAAAAUAGGAAAUAUGGAUCAGUUAUAUGUGUUCACAUGAGGAAGUGUUUAAAAUUUCUUUUUGGAAUAAGAUCAGAAAGGCAUUACCAAAGUUUUUUAAUCAAGAUUAUUAAAAGGAUAAUUUCUUUUCCUUAAUGUAUUAUUGAAAGGUGUGGUCAUUAUUUCCUUGUAAGUUGAAUAGCUAGGUCCCUUCUAGGAGUCUGUUGAAGAUGUACAUACAGUUCAUUUUUGUUUUGUAGAUUAAAAUCUAAUGCUUUCUCUAAAAAUAUUUCUGAUUUGAACCUAAUCAUUUUGAAUAACAAGUUUCUAUUGCAUUGCUGGAUUUUCUUUAUUUUCUUCUAUGUGUUGACCAAAGCCAUAAUUGUGAAAGCUCUUGAUAACACUCAGAGACAAUGUUUUAAAACCUGGAAAAUAUAUAUAUUUCAGAGGACUCAUAUACAUGUUAACAUAUUCAGACCAGAACUACAUGGAACCCUACUUUUUCCCAAUAAAGUCAAAAGGAUUUGUAUUCACCAUUUGAAGACACCUUUACUUUUUGAGAAUCAAUACUAUCACAGCAGUUAAACGAUUUGUUUAACGAUCUGUUUCACAUUGUUUUUUUAUCCUUUUUACGCCACUGACUCUACUGAAGAAUCUCAUUGAUGCAGAUAAUCUGGACAUUUUCAGUUUCCACACACUUUCAUUUAAUAUUCAAAUAUAAUGGAAAUUUGUAAUUUGAGAUAUUAACGUAAAAUGUCCAGGAAUAUGAUCAAGGUUUCAUUGUGCUUAGAAAAAAGUGGCAGACAUGUUAGAAAAAAAACACCAAAGAUGUGAAACUGAUUGUGGAGCCUAGUUGCAGUGUACGAUCAUUAUAUAUCAUUAUAUCAGUGUAUAGCAUCAUACUACACUAGAGAAAGCCUGGAUACAGUAUGAAAGUACAGCUGCCAGAGUUUAUGUAGUGUUGUAUAAUGCUAUCCCAAUAUAUAUGGUGCUUAAAUGUGUUAAGAGUGAGGUCAAUACAAGUCAUCUUGUGGUCUCUUAACCUUCAAUAUGUUAAUGUAGUGGUUUUAAAACUUCCUGUUUUUAAACAAAGAAAUUUUAUUACCUUAGAUUACUGAAUUCUGGAAAUGUCGAGGAUAUUGAAAUAAAACAUUUUUAAAAUCA